AUGCCUUUCGGAGUAGAAAGAGCGUUGUACCGUGGGGCAAAGAGAUACCCUAUGACUUCAAAGAAGGGUCAUAACUACUAUAAGGGUACCGGUAGUGGAUCGAUGGGCAGACAUACUAGUAGAGGUGGUUUCAUUAUUGAUUUACGUAAAGUUCGAACUUAUGUCGUGCCCGAUUUGAGUGAUAAUCCCGUGAGUGAAGAAAUGUUUUUCGGCCUUCUAGUAAAGCCAAUUAAAUAUUCCAUGAGUACAGAUAAAUACUUGGAUAUGGUUAGGAAAACUUUUGAUCCAACAGGUACUGUGUCCACCAAAAUACAAAAAUCCGAAUCAGAUGCAGAACCACAAAAGCAUUCCAGACCUGUCCCUUCUGAAUCAUCCGAAC